AUGAUCUCCAUCAACAUCGACAACCUUCUGCCAACGUCUCAGAAGAUCACGGAUUUCUUUGGCGUAGAACUCCAGCGACUUGGAGUUCAAGAAAGCCCGAAGGCCUCUGAAAUGGACAUUCCAGGCGGUAAAAAACAACAUUUUCGACACCUUCUUUACUUCGCCUUUCGCCGAGGUCAAAAAGCCACCGAAGCUGCUCGGGAUAUUUGCGCCGUGUAUGGAGAGGAUGCUAUAACUGCGAGGACUGCUCGAAAUUGGUUUGCCAAAUUCAAAAAUGGCAAUUUCGACCUGGACGACUCUCUCCGCUCUGGUCGACCUUCUGACUUCGACGAGGAUAGUCUCAAAGCGCUUUUGAAGGAAGACGGCCGUCGAUCAAGUCGGGAAUUGGCCGAGAAGAUGUAUUGCGACCAAAAGACAAUUUUGAACCAUCUUCACUCGAUGGGAUUUGCCGAAAAACAUCCUGCUUCACGACAACGCACGGCCUCACACAGCAAACAUCGUCAAAGCCGCCCUCCAAGAGCUCGAUUGGGAAGUCCUUCAGCACCCACCGUACUCUCCGGACCUUGCGCCAACAGAUUAUCACCUUUUCCGCUCGCUGUCGAACCAAAUGCGAGGUGUUACCUUCGACAACAACGAGGACCUCGAAAAUUGGCUCAACAACUUCUUCGAGUCCAGGCCCGGCGGUUUUUGGCAAAACGUUGUCCACCAGCACCAGCUUGUACUCCUUGCCCUGCUCCUGCACCAUGUGCUCCAGCAGCUCCUCCAGCAUAUCCUCCACCAGCUCCUCCAGCAUAUGCACCUCCUCCGCCACCACCUCCUCCACCUCCAGCAUACGCACCUGCUCCACCACCCCCUCCUCCGGCUGCUCCUUCGUACCCCGUGGCUGGUGGUGGUAUUGGUGGUGGUGGUAUUGGUGGUGGUGGUAUUGGUGGUGGUGCUGGUGGAGGAGCUGUCGGCGGUGGUCCAGUCUAUAUAAUCGUUCCUGCAAUUUCCACCGGAGGCAUCGGAGGUGGUGGCGUUGGAGGAGGCGGUAUUGGAGGUGGCGGCAUCGGAGGUGGCGGCUAUGUUACUUCACCUGGAGGUGGCGGCAUUGGAGGUGGCGACAUUGGAGGUGGCGGCAUUGGAGGUGGCGGCUAUGUUCCUUCACCUGGAGGUGGUGGCAUUGGAGGUGGCGGCAUUGGAGGUGGCGGCUACGUUCCUUCUCCUGGAGGUGGCGGCAUUGGAGGUGGCGGCUAUGUUACUUCACCUGGAGGUGGCGGCAUUGGAGGUGGCGACAUUGGAGGUGGCGGCAUUGGAGGUGGCGGCUAUGUUCCUUCACCUGGAGGUGGUGGCAUUGGAGGUGGCGGCUACGUUCCUCCUCCUGGAGGUGGCGGCAUUGGAGGUGGCGGUGGUGGCGGUUACGUUUCUCCUGGCGGUGGCGGUGGUGGUGGCUACAUUCCUCCAAGCGGCGGUGGUGCUUAUGCUACGACAGGAAAGAAGUAG